CAGUGGGAUCUAAGGAGGCUAGUGUUGUCUCUCCGCAGGAGUGACGAACCGCUCUCUACUCACAUCGUCAGGAGAGAAACAGGCACAGACUGAGAGAGAUUGAAAAUAUUGACGUCGUUUAAUGAGAAAUCCGGUCAAAUAUUUCGAACAACAACUGAGGACCUUACCAAAUUGGACAUUAUUGUGACUAAAGAAGAUUUUCAAAGGAUCCGUCCUCUCCCACUUCAAAGCUGGCGACUCCUUUAUAAGUACUAGGCUAUGCAUAUGGUGUGGUAGAGGUAAAGCAUUUUCUAAAUGUGGUGGUUGUUGUAUUUGCCCACAGAAGGCUUCUGAUCUCGACAUGCUUUAAAAAACGACCGACGUCUAAUCGACAAAACGUUUAACAUGUGACGACAGUUUAGCCGCGAUCCCUCUGUUGUCGCUUUGCUGGAUUCGAGGAGGCGUCUAUUGGAAAUUGGGGCAUUUGUCUCGUUUUGGAGACAAUGCGAGAGUGAGAAAGACCAGGGAAAGUGCGAUCCGGAGCUGUCCGUUCAGAACCACACACAUUACAAGCGGUGCACCACAACUCAACAGAUACCUCUGCUGAAUGUCAUGGGAUUGGUUAUAUAUUAAUGACAAAAUCAGCGUACAUCUCGUUUGUUCAAGAAGAGGAGUAACUUCUGAUCAUCUUUGUCAUCAUCUUAUCUCUUGGCACCUGAAGACAAUCCCCCUUUGACCCGAGCGCAACAUCAAAAGCUCAUGCACAGAUUUCUCGCACUCGCUCUGUCCAUUUAAAACGCUUUUUUGCGCGAAAGCAAUUCUCUUUUUUUCGUUACCUGACAAUUGCGCACAUGUGUCCUCAGGUUUAUUCAGCGUUGUGAUGCUUGGCCCGUGCUCGAGACAUGCCUAAGCGACGAGAUGGGCCAGGGUGACGAGAAAGACCGCGUUGUGAUUAACGUGGGAGGGGUUCGACACCAGACCUACCGCAGCACCCUGCGCACUCUCCCCGGCACUCGUUUAGCCUGGCUCGCCGAACCCGAUGCCCACAGUCACUUUGAUUAUGACGCCCAGAUUGACGAGUUUUUCUUCGACCGACACCCUGGAGUCUUUGCACACAUCCUUAAUUAUUAUAGGACUGGCAAAUUGCAUUGCCCUGCUGAUGUCUGUGGCCCUCUUUAUGAGGAGGAGUUGGCAUUUUGGGGAAUUGAUGAGACUGAUGUGGAGCCUUGUUGCUGGAUGACGUACAGACAGCACCGGGAGGCAGAAGAGGCGCUGGACAGUUUCGGUGGGGGACCAGUUGAAAUGGGCAACGACGACACGGAGGGAGAUGGUUUGGGUGAUUCAGGGGAUGGAGAUGAUGAACUUGAGAUGACCAAACGGCUUGCCUUGGGGGACUCCCCUGAUGCCAAAGCUGUGGGGCUGUGUCAACGUUGGCAGCGCCGUGUUUGGGCACUCUUUGAAGACCCAUAUUCCUCUAAAUAUGCAAGGUGGGUGGCAUUUGCUUCGCUGUUCUUCAUACUGGUUUCCAUAACCACAUUCUGUCUGGAGACACAUGAGGCCUUUAACCCCAUCGUUAAUCGAACGUAUAUUAACCCUACUGACAACAGCACCAGGAUUCACCAGGAGACAGAGACAGUAGUCUACCUAACCUACAUAGAGGGUGUGUGCGUGGUAUGGUUCACCUUUGAGUUCCUCAUGCGUGUCACCUUCUGUCCAGACAAAAAGAAGUUCAUCAAAAACACUCUCAACAUUAUAGACUUUGUGGCCAUCUUGCCCUUUUACCUGGAGGUGGGUCUUAGCGGGCUUUCCUCUUCAGAGGCAAAGGACGUUCUUGGGUUCCUCAGAGUGGUGCGUUUCGUCCGCAUCCUCAGAAUCUUCAAACUGACGCGACACUUUGUGGGGCUGCGUGUAUUGGGACACACUCUCCGCGCCAGCACAAACGAGUUCCUCCUGCUCAUCAUCUUUCUCGCUCUCGGAGUGCUCAUCUUCGCCACCAUGAUCUACUACGCGGAACGAAUCGGUGCCAAUCCCAACGACCCGCGUGCCAGCGAGCACACGCAUUUUAAAAACAUUCCGAUUGGCUUCUGGUGGGCUGUUGUGACUAUGACCACACUAGGCUAUGGAGACAUGUACCCUCAGACAUGGUCAGGCAUGUUGGUGGGAGCGCUGUGCGCCUUGGCUGGUGUAUUGACCAUUGCGAUGCCGGUGCCUGUCAUUGUCAAUAACUUUGGGAUGUACUACUCUCUAGCCAUGGCUAAGCAGAAGCUACCAAAGAAAAAGAACAAGCAUAUUCCCCGUGCCCCUCAGUUGGGCUCCCCCAAUUACUGUAAGUCAGCCACAAACUCACCCAACCCAAGCCUACGAAGUGAUCAUUGCUCUCUGGUUGCCCAGGAAGAGAUAUUAGAAAUGAACAGAGAAGAUCCCAAAGUGAACGGUGAUGCAGCUAAAGCAGCCCUGGCCAAUGAGGACUGUCCCCACAUAGACCAAGCCAUUUCCCCCGAGGACGGCCAGAUCUUCAAUCCCAGCGAGCCACGAGGAGACACUUCAUGUUUUUUGCUAAACGUCAGCAGGCGAUCUACGAACACAGGCACCAGAGUGAGGAAGGGUUAUCAAAAGUCCCGAAGCCUGGGCACCAUAACCAACAAGGCCCGAACGCUGGCCGAGGUGGUGUCGAUGUCCACUGGGUCCUGUGGCCCACCCGUUCUCCUGCGGCGAUCCCAUUCUCCAAUCCCCUCCAUUCUCUAAGAGAUGGAGCAGUGCUGUAUUUAGAGCUGGUCUUCCUCCUGCCCUGCUGCCUUCUGUCCUCUGCGGUGUUUGAUUUGGUCUGGUCUGUCCUGUUCUCUGGUCCUUGUCUUCUGGAGCUGUGUUUUUUUGUCGCUCAUUUUGCUUCUUGUCUUUACCUACCGGCUCUCAAUUCACACAAGCCAUUAAGUGUCCAAAAGAUCUCAGGAAAAGUUUUAAGGAUUCACUAUUUACAAGUGGAGGUGUCUAUCAAUCAUUAAAGAACUGGAUGUCCUGAUUAAAGAGCACAGUAUUGUUACAGGGAUCAUUUGAAAACUGAAAACUAAAAAAGACUCACGUCUUAUGAAGCAUAACCUUUCCUUUCCAGUUGUGCAAUGUCGAGUAUUAAUUAUGACAAAUAACAUGAUUACUAUGUUUUUUAUUUCCUCUUUACCCUGAUGGAAUUGUCUUUCCCUCUCUUUAUCAAUAAGAUCCUAGAUUUUAUAGGACCACAAUGUUCUAGCUUUGGAAUAGACAUUUAUGUCUUCUUCCUCUACAAUUCUUUCAUUCUCUCUCUCUCUGUACGUUUCUGUCCAACUCCACCUCUUUUGCCUCCCAAGUUUUCAUCAUACAGAAAAUAAUCAGUAGGACAUCUGAUUUUCGUAGCUCAUUUCCUCCUCAUUUUGUGAGUUGAUGAAAACAAGGCCCAAUGGCAAGGAUGACCCUGAGCAACCCCACCCUCCCCUGUAUUUUCUACUGCAGAUCCCUGCAAAGCUGACACUGCCCUAGUUAAGUAUAUGCAGGCAGAGGUGCUCAAAGUGACCUGAGAAGGAAGCAGCAUCUCAGUAGGGGAACCGAAACCUCCAGCUUUUUUCUUCGUGACUCCCCAAAGGCCAGAGGGAUUCAAGGCUGGGGUCCAAAAGAAGGAACGUAUAUAUAGGGGAAAAGACCAGCAUUUUGCUAUAGUCAAGAGGAUUUUGUUACUUCACACGGUGGUAGAUGAUUUUAUUGAGAAUCGGUUUCUUUCUUUAAUGCUCUCCAACUGUGUAUGGAAGAGUGUGGACCUUUUAAAGAAGAACAUACAGUACGCCGGUUGAAGAACGAUGGUUUUAAAUCAAGCAAAAUGAGUUUUAUAAUGAAACUAUCGCUUACGAUAGAAGAUGCAGUGGACUCUUACCUGUUGAUUUUAGCAUGAACUGCAUGCUGUUAGAUAAAAAAAGAGGAAAAUAUUCUAUAUCUGUUAUGAAUAUCUGUACAAAGCACAUAUUUUUUUCAAGAGUUCUUGACUUUUGCAGAAUUGACAUGUAGCCAUGGAUAAUGAGAUGUUUAAAGAACAUGUUAUUUAUUUUAGCAACGGAUUUCUUCAUUCUGUCUUCAAGAGUUUUUAACCACAUAUGACUCUGGUCACAUUGACCUCCAAUUUUAAAUGAGACGGCAGUGGUUACGUGAGAUAGAUUGUAAAUUCAGCUUUUUCAAUUUUGUUUCUGUCUGGCAUGCUUGUGAUUCUUAUAGAGAAAACAACUGAGCAAAAUGAAUUAUUUUUCUGUUUUAUCUUAUAAUUAUCGGUGAAUAGAUCCUGUGGAAAACUAUAGUGAGCAACUGUUUAACAUAUCGCGUAAAGACUUUCGACAGUGUUAUUUUUGGAGAAAAAAAAUGUACACCUUUGUGUCUUUUGAGUACACAAAGAAAAGCAAAAAAAAUGACAGAUGUAUAUUUACAAUAAAAGAAAAUUGUAUGCAAUUUAGAACUUUGGGGAAAACAAAUGCAUGCAUGCACUAUGUUAUGCAACAAUAACUGCAUAGAAAAACAGGAAAACAUGACUACAACCAUAGCAUGAAAUAAAUUUUGUAUGAAACCUCAUAAGGGCUUUGUUUUAUUUUUAUUUAUUUAUUGGAAUGAAAUGUUUGUUUUAUUUCUCUUUUAUUUUUCUAUGUACCAAUACUCUCUUUAGCCUGAACUUGACAGGCGCAAAGAGGUGAAUUGGAAGGUUACUGAAGGCCAUGAAAAGCAAAAGCAAUGUGUCUUCAGGUGAAGCAGCAUGGGAGACUGUACUGGUGAGAGAGCAUGGUGAUAAAUGAAACCAUUAACAUUUGAAGGAAAGAGUGAAAAACCUGCAUGCCGCAAACAAGCUGAAGUUUUGAUCUUGGAAACAAUGAACCGGUGUGCGUUCUGCUCAAUGAGGUAUGAUGCUAAAGCCUGCAUGGUAAACGUGCCUGCUACAGCAGACUGCAUUAACGUCAUCCUCUGGUCUUCUUUCAUCCCUUCCUUCUCCUCCCUAUAGCCCUACAUCUGCACGCCAUCCCUCUUCACCCGUCUUUGUUCUCUCUGUGUCUGGGUAAUAACUCGUCUGUUGUCUCUCUUC